UGGAUGGGAAAAAAAAAAAAAACUGGCCAUAGAUGACAUCAGUUGGCAAUUGGCAUCCCUUUCAAUAUCUUAUUUCAAACUUUAUUCCACAAUAUACAAUGAUGGAUAUAUACUUGCAAUGUUGUUCACUACAUAUAUGACCAAAAAAAAAACUUGUAACAUAUACUUACCACCAAAAAUAUUAAAAUGCAAAGCAGCUUGAGUGACAAACCAAGUCAAAAAUCACAAGCUUACAUAGCUUCAUCUGAAGGGAGGUCUCUAGAAAUUUUACGCGAUUUUUGGAGAGAAGAAGGUGCCACCCCGAUAGAUAAUCGGGGUGACACCAUACUUCACUUUCUUGCGAUACACGGUAACGUGGCGGGUUUCGAAAAUAUUGAUCCUAAUUUGAGCAGUGAAGAUUUGGAAAUUAGGAAUAAUAGUGGUGAUACACCAUUACAUGAAGCAGCAAGAUUAGGUAAAAAAAAUGUUGUGGAGAUGAUUAUGAGAAUUGAGAAGAAUUUAAGUUUUGUUAAAAAUAACUUAGGGGAGUCACCAAUGUAUGUUGCAGCUGCAAGUGGGGAGAAAGAUGUGUUUGAUAUUUUGACAAAAUGUGAUUUUAGUGAGGUUACUAUGAAGAGGAAUGAUGGCAAAACUGUUCUUCAUGCAACAAUAAUCCAUGAUUGUUAUGAUCUUGCAAUACAUAUAGUAAAUCAAUAUCCAGAACUUGUUAAUGUACGUGAUGAUGAAGAGAUGACAGCUUUGAAUAUAUUGGCUACAAAACAAUUAUCAUUCAAGAGUGGAUCUGAUUAUUUGUUUGAAGAAAUUGGGAAAACACCUGCUGUUCCUGUUCAGAUAAUUGAAACUAUAAUAUAUUCUUGCAUUCCCCCUAUGUAUGGACAAGCUAGCACCAAAAUUGUCUGCAAAAAAAGGUCUUUAUUCACCAAGUUUUUAUUAGGUUGUUCCUGGUUACAAGUUAUUGAUGAAGCAAAGCAAAACCAUAUUCUUGCACUAAUAUUAGCAAAAAUGUUGCUAGAAAAUUAUGAUUGGAGUUAUAGUACACACACUGUGGCAAAUCCACUAAUACAAGCAUCAAACCUCAAAAUCAAUGAGUUAGCUUUUGAAAUUUUGGAAAUAUAUCCUGAAGUUGUUGAGACAUUGGAUGAACAAAAGAGGAACAUUUUACAUAUAGCAGUGGAACACAAAAACAGAUUUUUGUUUGGCUAUGUGCUCAAAAAAGUGGCUCAUAAAGAUAGGAUGUUGGCUGAUAUUGAUGAAAAUGGGAACACAAUUUUGCAUUAUGCAGCAAAUGUUGGAUCACCAUUUAGGACAUCAAGUGGAGAGCAUUUUGAGGAAAUUUGGUGUGUGUUGUCUGUGUUCAUGAUGAUGUGGGGGAUUCUUUGGUUUAAGCAUGUAAAACACCACGUACAUCCACGACUCUGGGAAGUUAGAAACUCCAAGGACAUGACUGCAGAAGAACUAUUCGAGAGGAACCAUUUACACGUAAGAAAAGAAGCAGAAGACGCGGUUAGAAACCUCGCGAAUUCAGCACUUAUACUUGCUACACUCCUCUGCACAGUCAAUUUCGCCGCGAUUUUCACUGUCCCUGGAGGAUUUAAUCAGAAAACUGGACUACCAAUUCUCCUCCAAGAAAGAAAACAUGAAUUAUGGAUGUUAAUAUUUUACUUAGGUGCAGCACUUAUAAGUUCAGUAGUCACAAUAGGUACAUUACUAUCAUUUAUUCUUUGCAAAUUUUAUAGUGAUGAUUUUUAUAUUUCUUUGCCUUUAAGGGUCAUAAUUGCUAUGGUUUCAGUAUUUUAUGCCACAACAUUUUCAGUUUUGGCAUGUGUUCAAACACUUAAUCUUGAUAAUAUUUUUUUGAACAAAGAUGUAUGGUGGCUUAUUAUAGUUAUGGUAGUUGUUGGCUUCAUUAUGACCCUUAUUUAUAUAGAUUUAGCAUUUCCAAUUUUUGAUUAUUUGUAUUAUUUUUUUUCUUAUUCAAUUAUAUCCCAUAAGAGAGGGGAUUAUGCAAGUUAAUUUUGUAAGCUUUAUAUUAAUUGUUUGAAUUAAUGAGAACUUAGAAG